AUGAACCUUCUUCCCUCCUUCUCUACGGAGACCUGGGCCCUUUUGCUCAUUUUUGUAGCCCUCGUGGUAGCGUACGGGAUCUGGCCAUUUGGUUUGUUCAAGAAGUUGGGUAUUCCUGGGCCAAGACCUCUGCCUUUCUUUGGGACGUGCCUGGAAUAUCGCAAAGGUUUCUUGGAGUUUGACAAUGAAUGUUUCCAGAAAUAUGGGAGAGUCUGGGGGAUUUACGACGGCAGGCAACCUGUGCUGGGUAUCAUGGACCCCCAGAUCAUUAAAUCUGUACUGGUUAAAGAGUGUUACUCCACCUUUACCAACCGGAGGCAUGUAGAUCUAGCAGGGGCACUGACCGACGCCAUCUCAUUAGCUGAAGAUGAACAGUGGAAAAGGAUUCGUACUGUGCUCUCGCCAACCUUCACCACUGGGAAACUAAAGGAGAUGUUCCCUAUAAUGAAGCACUAUGGGGAAGUUUUGGUGAAAAACGUUCAAAAGCGAGUAGAAAAGGACAACGCUAUAUCUGUAAAGGACAUCUUUGGAAGCUACAGCAUGGACGUUGUCACCAGCACUUCAUUCGGUGUCAACAUUGACUCCAUGAACAACCCCAAAGACCCCUUUGUCAGAGAGAUGCAGAAACUGGUCAAAUUUGACUUUUUUGACCCACUCUUCAUCCUGAUAUUUGUGUGCCCAUUCGUUAUUCCUCUUUUGGCCAAGAUGAAUGUGAGCUUCUUCCCCAGUGAUGCUGUAGAUUUCUUCAUGAGAUCCAUCUCCAAAAUUAAGCAAGACCGUGAAAAGGAAACUCACAAGGGCAGAGUAGAUUUUCUGCAGCUGAUGAUCGAAUCCCAGAACUCAGCCAGUCCUGGCAGCAACGAUGUGAAUCACUCUCAUAAAGCCCUGUCCGACACAGAGGUUCUGUCGCAAGCACUGAUCUUUAUAUUUGCUGGGUACGAGCCCACCAGCAACACGCUUGGUUACCUGGCGUAUGAACUGGCCUUGCAUCCCGACGUGCAGCAAAAACUGCUGGAGGAAAUCGACACCAUCUUACCCAACAAGGCUCCUCUCACAUACGAAGUGAUGAUGCAGUUGGAAUAUCUUGACAUGACAGUGAGUGAAACCCUUCGGCUCUAUCCCCUUGGAGGACGGCUUGAGAGAACCUGCAAGAAAGAUGUAGAAAUAAAUGGAGUGACCAUUCCCAAAGGAACUGUUGUCAUGAUCCCACCCUAUAUCCUGCACCGCGACCCUGAGUACUGGACAAACCCAGAAGAGUUCAGACCAGAAAGGUUCAGUAAGGAAAACAAAGAAUCCAUAGACCCAUACACAUACUUGCCCUUUGGAGCUGGUCCCAGGAACUGCAUUGGGAUGCGGUUUGCUCUCCUGACUCUGAAAGUUGCCAUCACCAUCCUAUUGCAACAUUUCACCUUCCAGACCUGCAAAGAAACUCAGAUCCCUCUCAAGCUGUCUUCACAGGGACUCUUAAGACCAGAGAAACCGAUUAUUCUGAAGUUGGUCCCCCGGACCAACACUGCACCCGCAGAGGCAUAG